AUACAAUGCAUCAGGCCAGCAGGAGCACAGCAAGCUUGACGCCACGGCGCCGCAGCGAACCGGCCACUUUUCCACGAACGCGAUCCAGAUGCCGUUAGGGGAUGCGGAACUGAUUAGCAAAUUGCUUGCCGUGCUUUUGCCUUUUGGGCAAUCGAAUGCGCAUACAUUCUGAGCACGCUUCAUUUAUUGCCGAGCCAGUACUGCACGCCUUGCGCUGGCGGCAGCAAUAGUCGGUAAUAAUUACUUCCCGCCUGCGCGAACUUUCAACGCGCAGCAUUUGGGCAGCGACCAGGCCCUCUAUUUUAAAGGACCCCAUUUCUGGUGCGCUAAACUGCAAGCAUGGCUCAGUUAGCACGCGAAGUGGUGUUGGGCGCCACUGCAGAGCUCAAAGACACCUCGGAGUUCACAGCGCAGGGUGCAAAGGACUUCAUCGCGGCGGGGCGCGGCUCGCUCAGGCGCACCAGCCGCACGGGGGCGGAAGGUGCCGAAGCGCACGGGCACGCGGCCGAGUCGGCUCAUGAUGUCGAAGCCCCGCUCCUUCAACCUGGGGCCCCAUUCUCAACCCUUUCCGUCAGCUCCGCCGCCGCGGAGUCAGCGCCCGCACAGACACCAGCGCAGGCCGAGGCCACAGCCGCUUUUGCGCGCAAAGUCCGCAUCGGUAUCAACGCGUCAUGGGCUGUGAACACAACCCUCUUGGUUGCCAAGACGGUUGUGUUCUUCCUGUCGGGCUCUUAUGCGGUGUUGGCAUCGGCGGUGGAUUCGCUGGUCGACCUGCUCAGUCAGGGAGUGCUGGCGGUGGCGGAGUACCAGGCGGCGACGUAUGACCAGCGCUUCCCCAUUGGCCGCACCCGCAUGGCUGAGCUGUCGGUGCUGGCGUGUGCCGCCAUCAUGUUCGUGUCCACGUCACUGGUCAUUCGGGAGUCCAUUGGCGCACUGUGGGACGGCUUCCACGGCGAGAUCCCGCCGCUUGACGUUGGCAUGACGCUGUUUGCGGUGCUGGGCAGUGCCACAGCGGGCAAGAUGGCGCUGUACAUAUACUGCGUGGCGCUGAGGAAGAACCCCAUCAUGGUGGCUCUGUCGGAGGAUCACCUCAACGACGUACAAUCCAACGUGGCGGCGAUUGUGGGCGCGGCCGUUGCGUCGAGCCUGCCGAAGUUCUGGUAUGUGGACCCCAUUGUGGCGCUCAUCUUCUCACUGAUCAUCAUCAAGAGCUGGAUCGGUAUUUGUUGGGAGCAGGGCCAGAAGAUGGUGGGGCUAGGCGCCCCUGAUGAGCUGAUCGAGCAGGUCAACACCGUGACGCAAGAGCACCAUGCGGCCAUGCAGCUGGACCGCGUGACAGCCUACCACCACGGCUCCAACAUGGUCGUGGAGGUGGAGGUGCUGCUGCCGGCCGACAUGAGUGUGCGGGAGUCGCACGACAUCGCUCUGGCCCUGCAACACAAGAUCGAGGCUCUUGACACUGUGGAGCGGGCGUACGUGCACGUGGACUACGAGCGCCGCAGCCUGGAGGAGCACAAGGUUGAGCGCAACCUCAAGCUAGGCGAGCGCGAUGUGAUGAAGCCUCUGCCGGAGGCGCUGGAGACGCUGAGCAGCGCCUUACUGGGCAGCUCGCCGCCAAACGGGGCCAGCGAGGACGGCGGCAUGGCGGCGGCCCGCGCGGGUCGCAGCAGCGGCGGCGGUGCUGCUGCUGCGGCGGCGGAGGGUUUGCAGCAAAGCCGCAGCCGCAACUCCACUGACGGUCCUGGCGCCGCGGCACAGUAGGCUGCGUGGGCGGGGCCGGUGUGAGCUGAAGCCCGCAAAGCGGGGUGCGGUGGAACACGGCAGCGCUGGUUGCGUGUGAUGGUCGGGCAGGCGGUGCGGCGGCGGGGUGGGGGCGGGGCAUGAUGGUGUUCGCGGCUGCAGGCCGCAGGCGGAGGCGCGUGCACAGUGCAUAGUGCACUGCUAGUGGACGGCCAGAUGGCCGGAUGGGCACUCGUUCCAGGACUGGGUGCAUGCAGGCACGGAAUAAGUAGGUUGAGCCUGGCCUGUUUGUAGCACAGCGUGCGUGAUGCAUGCUUGAGUUUGCCAAAUGAAGGAUACUUCGUCUUCGUGUAUGGACUUGUGUGUACAUCGCAGCAGUCUAGGGCAGCAGGACCUGAGAGACGGUAAUAUUCAUCAAGAAUGUAUUAUGCCUUGGUCUGAGGGUGUGGCCCAAGGGUUAUAGGCUGGAAGGAUGGUGUGGGAUUGAAUAAGGUCAGGUCUGACAUGGGUGCUGCUCGGGUUAAAGUCCUUCCGCGGUUUGUAUAAAUGACGGCGUUUUGACGCGGCUUGAAUAUCCGCUGCACUGGUGCAGGCUUUCGUUCAAUAGCCGUGCGCGCUGCGGAACAGUCAUGUCGCCACCAGUGCAUGCCUGGACUCUGGCGGCGUGCUGCGUGAACGCCGCACCUAGCGGGCAUGACGCGCGCAAUAAGUGCACUAUCGGAUGUGUAGCAGGGGGGUCUCGAAGUGCAUAGAGCUCGCUUUACGUCAACGGUUUGGCGGCACGAAGGUUGCUACUGUCCACAAAUGGAUAAACUUACAAUGCGGCAAAGGGUAGGCAAGCAAGUUGCAUGGGUUGACGUCUGACGGGAGUGACAUGUUGGAGUGAGUUGAUGAAAUGCAGAUGUGUACGUCAGGAGUGCGACACCCCUGGUUUGCGUUGUAGCACCACGGUCAUGUUAUGGCAGGCGUGGUGGCUGCCGGGUGCAAGGCAGGGUAACGCGCAGGACCACAGGGCGGGCGAUAGUGGGUGAAGGCAGGGUCGACCCCUCGCGAGCACACUUACUGUGUGGGGUGCGACGGUUGUGGUUGGCGAUGGGAGAUGGCAAGGGGCAGGUUGGUGAAAUCCCGUGGCUGAUAUAGCUGAGCCCCAAGAAACAAGUUAUGCCCGACCCA